AUGUCCUCCAACGCUACCACCACGCUCGCUUCGCUCCUCUCCUCGUCUUCGUUCUUGCUCGCUUAUACCCUCCCGCUCUUGUUCCUCUCGCUUCUCCUCGCCUUUGCCGGCGCAUUCCUUACGCUCGAUCGCACGCGCGCUUUCGCCCCCCGAUAUGACGCACUUCGCCCGCCCGAGACGACCAAGGUCCAGCACGCCGAAAUCGUCCUUCAGAGCGUCUUCAGGCUUGAGGGAGGUAUAGGAGGCAUUGCUGUCGGGUUUGUGACUGGAGUCCAUCUGUCGACCUUCCUUUCGCUCCUCAUCCCCAACGUCACCUCGAUGAGCGCCCUUGGUUCAGGUGCCUUCUUGGCCGUCUGGUUGCUCUCGGCCAUCGCCUCCGCCGUCCUCGCCGCCCGCUGGAAGAUUGCAGCCCUUGCCUUUGCCGGGCUGGCCGGAUACUCUACCUUGGCGCUGGGGCUUUCUGUGAUGCUUCAUCCGUCACUGCUCACCCGCCUCAUCCUUGUUGCCAUUUUCUCCCCCAUUGGACUUCUCCUCUGCCUCCUUCCCAUUGUGGCCACCCAGCAUACUUCCGUCCGCAUAGGCAUGUCCGCCGCGGGAGCGUUCGGCACCGUGCAGUCCAUCGCCCUGCUUGCGCACAUCCCGGCCUGGACCGAGGUGUGGGACAGACUCUGGGUCAGCAAUGGGAGUAACUGGGGUACGGCCCAGGAGAAAGGUCUCACCGCCACCUUCUGUCUCUUCUUACUCCUCGGCACGGCCUGCGACUGGUUCUUGCGCAGCAAGUUUGGCGAGAAUCCGGACCAGAAAUGGGACAGCUACCUGGCGGAUUACGCCAACACUCUACCGAACUCGUCUGACCGCGCGGGCCAGUUCCAGCCUCUUCAGAGCUUCUGGGCCCGCCACUUUGGCCGCGACAAGGGUCUGGACCCUAUCGACGAGGACGUCGUCUUCCCCACCGACGCCGACCUCAAGCUUCCCAUUCCUGACUCGCCGCUGAAGCUGUACAAGAAGCGUUCUCUUACGAGUUCGUAUGGUGCCAAGAGUACCUCUCCCCGUCGCUUCACGCCUCCGCAAGACUACCUCCGCAAAGAACGUAGACCGGGCAUCAAGGGCUGUCAGCGCACACGCGAGGCCAUCAAGUUCGAUCCGCUCGACCCUUAUGCGGCGUCCGAUUCCGACGAUGACGACCUUAAGAACGGCGUUCCUACCUUCGUCAGGUCGCCGACACGAACCGGCUCGAUGGCAACCUUGACCGAAGAGCGCCCAAGUAAACGCUCGAAGACGACCCACUUGAAGAAGGUGUUAGAGGAUCCCCUCUCAGACGACGAGCAGGACCUUGCCUCAUUGCCCACCUCGAAUGAGAAGAGCCCGAAGUGGACUCCCGAGUUCAUCCGUCGCCAUAGUCUCAAGUCCUCCGUCGCCGGUUCGCAGGGCACAGCUUCCUCCGCGACACUCACCCCCACCGCCUUUACACCCGUACCCGCGACGGCGUCGCUUAUUCGUGCCGUCGAGCGCGUGAACGCGGCGCAGCAGGCGGUGUAUACUCCCCGCGCGACGGACGGGCUGCCGUUCAUGUCCGCACCAUCAGCAGGUGCCCCGCUCCCCGCAAGCCACCACCAUGGGCGAGGCUGGGACGCAUUCUGGAGUGAUGUGAAGACGAAGGCAGGUCACGGAUUCCACCACGACAUGGUGGGUGGGAGCGGCCCGAAGCGGUAG